AUGACCAGCAACGCCAUCUUCUUGCCAGGUGAACUCAACUCAGGAAACAGUGUGCGUAAGGAGAAUAUUUCUGCAACCACUGCAUUAGCAGGGAUCAUCCGGACGACCUUAGGCCCAACCGGGAUGGACAAAAUGUUGAUAGAUAGCAUGGGCGAAGUCACAGUCACCAACGAUGGUGCGACCAUUCUGCAAAAGCUCAACGUUGCCCAUCCUGCGGCAAAGAUCCUGGUGGAGCUUUCUUCCCUUCAGGAUAGGGAAGUUGGUGAUGGCACCACCAGUGUGGUCAUCUUUGCAUCGGAAUUCCUUAAGGAGGCAGACGAGCUUAUCGGCCGUAACAUGCACCCCACAAUUGUGAUUGAGGGCUAUCAACUGGCCCUAAAGAAAGCAUUGAACUAUAUAGAGAAACGCCUCAAGGUCAACGCCUCUGCAUUGACACGCGAGAAUUUUCUGAACGUUGCCCUCACAUCACUGUCUUCGAAGAUUGUCAGUCUAACCGCAGAGCACUUCGCCAACAUCGUCGUUGACGCUGUUUUUGCCGUCAAGCACAUCACAGAGGCAGGCGUCACUAAAUAUCCAAUAAAGUCUAUUGGAAUUCUGAAGGCUCAUGGAGGCGCUGCGCGAGAGUCUUAUCUUGUCAAGGGCUUUGCUCUGCACCAAUCCAGGGCUUCCUUGCAGAUGCCGAGUUCUGUCAGGGCGGCGAAGAUAGCUCUUUUGGACUUCAAUCUUCAGCAGCAACGCCUUGCUGUGGGGACUCAGAUUCUUAUCACCGAUGCAUCAAAGAUGGAGGGCGUGCGCCAAAUGGAAAACGACAUAGUUAAGAAGCGCAUUGAGGUGCUCCUGGCAGCAGGGGCAACGGUUGUCUUCACCACAGGAGGAAUUGAUGAUAUGGCGCAAAAAUACCUUGUGGAGCAGGGCAUAAUGGGCGUACGACGUAUACCAGCAGACGACAUGAAGCGCAUAGCGAAGGUGACUGGUGGAGAGAUACUGGGGACUCUUGCAGACCUCGACGGGGAGGAGACUCUACCUCCUUCUUGCCUUGGGUUUGCCGAGGAAGUAAUAGAGGAACGCAUUGCUGAUGAUAAUAUCAUCUUCAUACGAGGCGGGAAAGGAAGAGCGACAGGUUCCAUUAUUCUCCGCGGGCCAAAUAUCCACAUGGUGGAAGAGAUGGAGAGGUCCAUACACGACGCUCUGUGUGCUGUCUCGAAGACCCUGGAGUCGGAUGCCGUGGUCGCAGGUGGAGGGUGCAUUGAAACCGCGCUGAGUGCUUAUCUGGAGGAGGUCGCACGGUCUAUCGAUAAUAAAACACAGCUUGCUGUGAUGGCCUUCUCUCGUGCCCUUUUAGCCAUUCCGCGGCAACUGGCGGUGAAUUCUGCCCUGGAUGCAACCAAACUUAUUGCAGAGCUGCGCGCAGUUCAUGCCAGAGCCAUACUCAAAGAAACUCCUGCUGAGGAGAAAGAAAAACUUAGGCAUUAUGGUCUGGAUCUUCAGAACGGCGUCAUAUGUGACAACGUCCAGGCAGGAGUUCUGGAGCCUAUGUCUAACAAACUUAAGAGUCUUUCCUUUGCGGUGGAAGCUGCUGUGACGAUUCUCAGGAUAGAUGACAGCAUAAGAUUGAAUCCAGAGCAGCAGCAAUCCGUCCAGGAUCACCAUUAA